GACGACAAAUUCCGAGCACAUCCAAGUCUUCGUGCGCUCUGUGGAUCCUCAUGAAGCCCCCAAUUGUCGUGUGGCGCACGUGCUUCUGCACCCGGCUAAUGAUUGGUCCGCACUUUCAGGGGAUUCCUGAAACCAACCAACCAGAACAUUCAAAUCAUAACGAGAGUUUUUUCGACCAGGUAAAUGAACCAGAAUGCAACUUGACAAGAGCAAAUAACAAUGGAUUCUAAAGACGUGUACCAAUGUUUAGUGAAUUUCUGACACUGGUCAACGAAGGUUGGGAUUUUCAGAUGACGAGCUUCCCCAGUCAACAGAGGGAGGGGAAGAUUCUCUAGAGAGUCCAGACAUGCCCCUUGACCCGGCCACGCCAUGCACUCCCGCCUCUGUAACCAAUGACGACAACUAUGACCGCUCCUCCUUCAGUAUCUCUAUGGACAGUGGACUAGGAUCACCUGCAGACUUUGCAAUGAAGGAUUCACAUGGGUCACACAACUCACUGGCCCUUGGCAACAAGAACAGUUACCUUGGCAACAAGAAUAGCCUCCAUGGCAACGAGAGUGUUGCCCUCCAGCCUAAGAAGGGGAAAAAGGCUGUGGAGCAUAUCAACAAAGAGAAAGUGAGAAGGGACCGUAUCAAGGACAGCUGUGACCAGCUACGUGUGCUUCUACCCUACAUCAAGGGACGCAAGACUGACAUGGCCUCCAUCUUGGAGAUGAGUGUGGAGUACCUGAGGAUUGUGAACCUGUACAUGCCUCAGUCACUGCAGGACCAGAUCAUAGACUGCCUGAGCAAGGACCCAUCUCUGGAGCCCAAUCUUGUGAAGCAGCAGCUCAUGACGCUGGAUCCUCCAAGGCCAUCAACCAACCCCGUGAUGGGAAGAUCUGCAUCCAAAGGCAGCCAGGAUACUGGAUGUGCUAAACGUGUGAAGCUGCAGCAACCAAGUGUCAGUGAGGCUUCCCUACUGGAUGACAACCAUCUGGAGUCAGGACGCUAUGAGCCUACCUUGGCCAGUCAUGUUGACACAGGUUUGUCUCCCCUGAGUGAAUUUGAUAGCCAGGCGUUUGUGCGAUCCAGCAGCCUGCCUUACUCUGACAGUUUCUCGUCACACCAGAUGUUUGGCACGUUCCCACCCGCCAGCAAGCCGCUGUUCCAGGAGCUGGAGCCAUACCGCCCACCCUACACCUCUCCUGACUCCGCCCUCUACCACUACUACCCCAAGCUGGUCCCUAACUACAUGGGGGCUGGGAACAUCGGGGUCAUGGAGCGGGGCAGCAUCAAGACAGAUGGCAUGUCUGGGAUGGGCAUGGAGGAGGCAAAAGGGUCUGAUGCGAAUAAUAACAUGAUCCAGGUGGUGAAUAGGAAUGAUUUAUAGAUAUCUGUUGGUGGGUAGGCAGUGAAACCUUGAAAAGUUAAGUCUUGAAGAAGGAAUUAAGUCGUGUUUUGUGAAAAUGAGACUUAAUGCAUGGGCAUGAAGUGUUGUCCCAGAUAAGUCGGUGUAGUUUGCACAGGGUUAUCAGGGACGACAAUUUCCACUUUAUGGAAAUGUUUGCUUUAAAGAUGUCACUUGUAAACAAAAUCUAGUUUAGGCGGAAUAUGUCGUCCCUGAUGAGGUUGUGUGGAUUGCACAGGCUAAUCUGGAACGAUACUUUAUGCCCAUGCAAUAAGUCCCAGAAUGGAUUGGUCACUGCUCAAGACAAGAUUUUAAACACAGCCCUGGAAGUAAGCUGGCUGUGAUUUGAUUGCCUGUUACAGGGAAUGCCCGUCAAAAUGAGACUUGUACGUCUGGUAGAUUGUACCUACAGUGUUCAGUGUUGAUUAACCUUGCAGUUUAUUGGUGUAAUAACUUCUGUAUAACAACAUUGUGUGGACUCUUCAUUGGAACUGCUGGGCAGAUGCCAAUCAAAAUAUCAAAGGGUAAGACACUUUUUUCCUUGAUCAAAAUGGUAUGACUGUUGGUUGUGACCAAUGAAGAACGGCUGAAUUGUAGCCAUUUGAAACACGCUCUCAGGAAACGCUGCUUAAGGUAUAGUUAGUGCUGAAAGUUUAGUCACAGAUUAGUCUGGGCUUCCUUGAUAGGAUAAUAUGGGACAACACGUUACAACCAUGCAUUAAGCCCGGUUUUCCCUGAGUGGAGCUCAUUUGUAUUUUUUGUUAGUGCAUACUAUGUGAAACUAUGUUGUGGUGGCAAAAACAAAUGAGGCAACAUGCCUUUUGUAUUACAGAGUAUUUGUCUUUUUGACAAAUAUAGUUACUUAAAAAAUUUGAGUGACAUUUUAUCGUCAUUCAGUAUUUGAUUACUUUGACAUUUGUAUGCCCCUUCAAAGUGGGAGCCAUUAACCCUUUCCCAAUAAGAAGCAAAGAAAAAAAGGCUAUGUGCAAAUAGCAUAAAAGCGGAACAGUCUGCGAGUAACUGGCUUCAUUUCCAACCCUUAGUUAGUGAUGAGCAGCAAACAGCAUCAAACCUGAACAGACUGCAAGUGAUUUGCAGGCUGUUCUGGUUAUAUGCUGGUUGCAAAAGCCAUUUUCACUUUGCUUCUUAUGGGGAAAGAGUUAAAGUUAUGUACAUAAUACCGAUUCUUUAGACAUAUGUAUGUGUUUUACAUGUUAUGUCUAUCUUACAAAGAAUUGCUUUAUAUUAUCCAAUAUUUAUUUUUUUCAGCUUUGUAUAAAAACAUUUUGCUUGAGUUAGAAUAUAACUGAGCUUUAGAGGGAGCUGCCAUAAUUACAGUUCAAUUGCUUAUUAAUUGUGUAAGCCCCUACUUAAAAAGUACAAAAGUUUUGGACAUACAUGAACUGUUUAUUUAUUGUCUUGUUAAAUGUUAUUGCCAUAAAAGUAAGUGCUAUGUUGUUUUUUUGUUUAACAUGCAAUAUGUGUUGUUGAUUUUAUUUUGAUUCCAGUUUUGACAAAACAUGCAAUUACACUGUUUUUGUCUAUAGACAACUUUGAGAUUUGUGUUCAUUCUGAGUGCUUAAUUAUUCCCCAUCAAAAAGUGUAGGGAUUUAGGAAUGGAAAGGUCAUUCCAUUUGGCUUGUGUGCACUAGCUUUAGUCUGCUUUCACAGAAGCUUUUGCGUGCAACUUAUACAUUUUGCGUGCAAUGUUCAUGACAUUUUUUAACAAAAAUAAAUAUGGGCGAUUGUUGCAAGGCAUAUUGUCAAGGUUUCACGAUUAGUCUUUUUUUCAGGAGUUAUUUCAACUUGUUAUAUUGUUACAUAUGGAAGCUUGGAUGUGCAACUUGUACAAAUUAUGUUGUUGUCUUUUGUCAAACUGUUUACAGAAUGAUUAUCUCCAAGUGCUAUUCAGGUGGUAUUUUGACUCCAUUAAUUUUUCAACCCUUUACCACCAUAUGUAUUUUUACGCCCCUUUGAAAGUUAAAUUUAAUUAAACACAUUUUUUCAUAGAUUCAAGUUGUAAAGGCUUCAUUUACAACCCUUAGAUACUGCGAAUAGGAAAAAGCAUUAAAUUUGAACAGACUGCAUGUUACUCACAGACUGUUCUUGUUUUAAGCUGUUUGCACAUAACCAUUUUUACUUGGCAUCUGAGUGGGAAAGGAUAAAGGAUUUAGUAAAUAAGCCCUUUUUUAAAGAAACAUAUUAAAGCUUCAGUAAACAAUGUAAAAUUGGAGUUUGUUUUUAGUAUUUAUUACAGUAUCAUUAUUUAACCAUUUCCCACUCAGAAGCAAAUUGAAAAUGGCUAUGUGCAAACAGCAUAAAACCAGAACAGCCUGCGAUUAACUCAUACGUUGUUCAGGUUUUAUGCUGUUUGCUGCUCAUCAGUACCUAAGAUUUGGAGAUGAAGCCUUAAAAACUUCAAUCUAGUAAGAAAGGUCUUUAUUUAAUUAUAAUGUUGUAAGGGACUGCAAAUGAGCCAAAAUAUGUAUCUAAGUGGUAAAGGGUUUUGAACCUUAAACAUUUUGAAAAAAAAAAAAUCCUACACAAACAAACCAGG